CACAUUUUGAGUGAAUGAGAAAACACAUUAAGCCAAAAUGACAACAUCAUUCCCCAUGAAUGCUGGUGAUGGUCUUUAUAGCUACUCCAAAAACUCCCAUUUGCAGAAAGAAAUAAUAGAUGGUGCAAAGGAGAUGAUGAGAGAUGUAAUUAUUCGAAAGCUUGACAUCAAGACCAUAUUAUCUUCUUCAAACACAUUACAUAUUACAGAGUUGGGAUGUUCUGUUGGACCAAACACUUUUAGCUCAAUGCAACAUAUUGUAGAAGCUCUAAAGGACAAGUACUUAUACCAAGACCAAGUCAUAGAUUCCACCAAGAGUACUAUUCCUGAAUUCCAAAUAUUCUUCAAUGAUCAAGUCACCAAUGAUUUCAACACCCUUUUUCGUUCACUACCUGUUGAUCGAUUCUACUAUGCAUCUGGAGUUCCAGGAUCUUUCCAUGGUAGAUUAUUUCCAUCACGAUCGAUACAUUUUGCUCAUUGUUCUACUGCUAUACAUUGGUUAUCUAAGAUUCCAAAAGAGUUGUUAGAUAAAAAUUCCCCAGCUUGGAAUAAGGGAUUGAUUGACUAUGCUGGUGCAUCAAAUGUUGAAAUAGUGAAUGCUUAUGUUGCUCAAUUUGAAAGGGACAUGGAAAUGUUCUUUAAUGCAAGAGCUGAGGAGAUUGUUCCCGGAGGAAUGAUGGUGCUUGUUACACCAAUUUCAGGCUACAUACGUCUUUUGAGAUUUUUUGGUUCUAGUCUUAUGGAUAUGGUGAAUGAGGGAAAAUUAGAUGAAUUUCUAGUUGACUCAUUCAAUUUGCCAUUGUAUUUACCCUCUCCUCAAGACAUGACUAAAGUAGUGGAGAAAAAUGGACUUUUUAGCAUUGAGAGAAUGGAGUUGAUAAAUAUCAAAUCAAAUCUUGUGGAUGAGGUUGAUGCAAAGACUUUAAUGAUGAGUCUAAGAAGUGCUAUAGAAGGAGUCAUAAUCAAUCAUUUUGGAAGUAAAAUAGCAGAAGAAGCUUGUGCAAGAACAAUUCUCAAGAGUAAAGAGAUUUCAGAAUGGAUGAAAGUUAAUUAUGAGAAAGCAAGCAUAUUGUUUGUCGCUUUGAAGCGUAAAUGAAUUUCUGUGAAGAAAUUUAUCUAUUAUAUAAUUUAGGUCUAUGGAGAGAUAAUGUGACAUAUCUCGCAGGCCAAGUACUAUGUUUUGCCUAAUGUUUUUGGAUUUUCCUCAUUUGUUUCACUUUAUGUUCUCUACAAAGAAAAUUAAAAAGUGUCUAUGUUAAUUUUUC